GCACGUCUAUUUAUUCUCUAAGUCUCUGCAAUUGUGAUAGACACUAAUUUUGUGAUCAAGCAUGGAUAAGCAUAGCAGCCAAUCGAGCUUGGUGGCGUCGCUACAGGACGUGCGGCGGAAUUCCGGCAAGACUUACAGUCAGAUUGCGGCGGAGACCGGUCUGACCAACGUCUAUGUAGCUCAGCUCUUGAAACGCCAGGCCCAGCUCAAGCCCGAGACUGUCCCCAAGCUCCGGGAAGCGCUGCCCAGCCUGGUCGAUCAUCAAAUUCAAGAAAUGAUGCGCCCUCCCAUGAGGUCCUACGAUCCCAAUCUUAUCCAAGAGCCCACUGUUUACAGAUUGAAUGAAGCUGUUAUGCAUUUUGGGGAGAGCAUUAAGGAAAUUAUUAAUGAGGAAUUUGGAGAUGGCAUCAUGUCAGCUAUAGACUUCUACUGCUCGGUUGAUAAAGUAAAAGGUGUAGAUGGAAAAGAUCGUGCCGUUGUGACAUUUGACGGGAAAUACUUGCCAUACACCGAGCAGAAGUCUGAGCAUAUGAUGUCACGACAGCAUCCAGGGGGGAAUUAGGGACAUGAUUACAAGCCAAACAAGUAAACUCUCGUUCAUUUCCAACUUCUGCUAUUCACCUCCCGUUAUUUUCUGGUGUAUCUCUUAUCUAUGAACUGCUGAGUGGUUUUAUCAGCGUAUUGUAAUUGGAAUAACCGACCCGUUUACGUGGUCAUAUGUUGUGUGUAUGAUUACUGAUUAGCGGUCAGUGUAGCUAUGUAGCUACGUGACUUAGUUAAUACAGUAUGAUAUAUCCGUUAAAAGGUUUAUUCUACCUUUUAAAGUCAAAUGAAUGACAUCAUUUUGCAA